CAACGCUUAAAUUUAGUAGUUCCUCAACUCAUAUUAAGCGUCGAUUCAGCUCCCAACCCCCCCUCCCCAGAUUUCAUUCCCAAAUCUUCUUCCUUCUUCCUUCGUCUCACUCCUGACUUCGUCGAUGUUCGGGGUGUUUUCCUUACUGAGUUACUCCAUCCCUCGCUAUUCACUCCCAUAGUCAAUUCAACUAGUCGACUACUCUCCUGUUUUCGGUUUCUCUGUGGAGCCAGUUCAUCGUCCGUCUCCCAAGGCAGGUCCUUUGUGUGCGAGCCGUAUAAUUCCUACUGUGCAUCGUCUUUGUUCCUCCUCCCUCGAAUUCCUCUUACACCCCAUCACCACCAGCAACCAUGUCGGAAGAAGCAGGACAUCAGGAGCCGCCUCCUGUCGCGCCGGUCCAAACUGCGAAGAAUGAACCCUCCGCCAAUGUACAAGAGAAACCAUUCCGGCCGGGGCGCCUGACGCCACGCCCCAGCUUCCUCGAGAACCUCGCCAACUCCCGCGACAGACAAUUCAUGCUUGAUCGACGCAAUUCGAGUGAACUCAAUCGAUACUUUCAUGGCCCCCGCGAUCUCGAUAGACACUCCAAAUGGCCCCUCGCCUUCCGGAUGCAUGGCAGUAUCAUGCCCAAAAUGAUCCUCCCCCUGUUCUUGGUUGCCCUCUGGGCGACUGCUAUCACCUGCAUCUCCCGCUUCGUACAUUCUCUUGGUAUCAAUAGUAUUCUGCUCACAGUCACCGGUUUCGUGGUCAGUCUGGCGCUUUCAUUCCGCAGUUCUACUGCCUAUGAAAGAUGGGCGGACGGACGCAAAUACUGGGCAUUGCUGAUCCAGACCUCCCGCAACCUCGCACGGACAAUCUGGGUAAACACAGCUGAGCGCGAGGGGGAACUAGGAAAAGAGGAUCUACUGGCAAAGCUGACGGCUUUCAACCUGAUCCUCGCCUUCGCCGUCGCCCUCAAACACAAGCUGCGCUUUGAGCCUGAUGUUGGUUACGAAGAUCUGGCAGGCCUGAUUGGUCAUCUCGACACCUUCGCCAAAGAGGCACACGACCGUCAAGUCCUGCAGCCCCCGAAGAAGUCUCUGUGGAAGGAAGUCGGUGAAUCACUGGGCGUUUCGUUUGCAGAGUCCAACCCACGCAAGCUCAUCAAGCGGACCAAGAAACCUUUGGGACAUCUGCCGCUGGAGAUCCUGAACCACCUGUCCGCCUACAUUGACCGCUGCAUUGGAAACGGAACCUUGACCUGCGGUCUUCACCAAAGUCAAGCCAUCAACGGUAUCUCCAGCUUAAACGAAUGUCUGACCGGAACGGAGCGUGUCCUCGAUACCCCUCUUCCCGCCGCAUACACCAUCUCCAUCGCGCAGAUCUCCUGGAUCUACGUCAUGGUUCUUCCCUUCCAGAUGUACAACUACCUGGGCUGGGUCACCAUUCCCGGCUCUAUUGUCGCCGCAUACAUCAUCCUCGGCCUUGCCUUCAUCGGCAGCGAAAUCGAGAACCCCUUCGGACACGACGUCAACGAUCUGCCCCUGGAGACCUACUGCCGCCAACUCGCCAACGAACUCGACAUCAUCUCCGCCAUGCCCCCGCCCAAGCUGGACGAGUUCGGCGUCCGCGAGGAUAACUUUGUGCUCUUCCCGCUGAGCACCUCCGGCUACAACGAAUGGAAGGAACGUUCCGUCGACGAGAUCCGCGCCGCGCUGCGGUCGAAAGUCGUCGCCAACACGGACCCAGCAGGGUCGGAGACGACGACCAUGGUUGGGAGCAUGAGUAGCAAGCAGUCGUCGGUGUGAGAGCCCUGGUGAGGCGUUCAAAAUGGCGAUAGAAGAGUUUCGUGGUGCAUUCAUCAUUGCAAUGAGGGGGCGAGCCAAAAUUCGGGAUUGGGCGUCUUCGUUUUUUUUUUUUUUUUCAAGCAUGCGAGUCUGGUGU